UUUUACAGAAAGGGGAUGAAUCUGCUUUCCGCUUUAGAGAACUUGAUGCUGGUUCCUGCAAUUGUCAGCUCGCGCGGCACGAUAACAUCACCCCAUUUAAAGAACUUUAGACGCCUGAGACGAGCGGCGCUGGUGCAGGUCUUCAAGUGCGCUGGAUUUAAUUUGGUCUUUUUUUUUUUUUGUGCUUUUUGCAGGGGAAACUUCACAGUUCCGAAGCUUUCAGAGUCCAACAUGGGAUUUGGAGUGCUGGGAGUUUUUCUGGGGCUCCUCCUGGAGGUUUCAACCCACGGACCCCACAGCGUUCCCCGAACUUCCUGGAAACGCCAAGACUUGGAUCUCUUGGAGUUUUCGGAGCCGGGCAUCUCCAACUACUCGACGCUGCUGCUGAGCGAGGAUAGAGACGCUCUGUAUGUGGGAGCAAGGGAAGCCAUCUUUGAGCUCAGCAAGAGGAAUGUGACCGUCAGGAACCACAAGGUUCAGUGGAAAGUUGCAGAAAAUCCCAUGAUGAUGUGCACACUUAAAGGGAAAUCCAAAGAGCGGGACUGCCUGAACUACAUUAGAGUGCUCCAAAUAGUGGACGACGAGCGGCUUUACGUCUGCGGCACACAUGCCUUCCAGCCUCAGUGUGAUUACUUGAAUCUUAGGGACUUUUCUAUGGAGGGUCGACCUGAGGAAGGCAGAGGGAAGUGCUCGUAUGACCCGUCGCAGAGCUUCACCGCUGUCAUGGUCGAUGGAGAGCUGUACUCUGGGACAGCUUACAACUUCUUAGGCAGUGAACCGAUUAUUUCCAGAUACUCUCCACCCCAUUCCCUGCUUAGGACCGAGUACUCCACGUCAUGGCUCAACGAGCCCAGCUUUGUCUUUGCAGACGUGAUCAGAGCCGGGAAGCACAGAGUAGACGGCGAGGACGACAAAAUCUACUACUUCUUCACCGAGGUGUCGGUGGAGUACGAGUUCUUUGGCAAGCUGCUCAUUCCCAGGGUGGCUCGCGUCUGUAAGGGUGACCUUGGGGGGCAGCGCACUCUGCAGAAGAAAUGGACCUCCUUUCUGAAAGCCAAGCUGGUUUGCUCCAUGCCUGAGCUCAACUUUGUUUUCAACGUGGUCCACGACGUUUUCAUCCUGAAGGGCAAAGACUGGAGGGAUACAAUCUUCUAUGGCAUCUUCACCUCUCAGUGGGGGAAUGUGGGUUUGUCGGCGGUGUGCGCCUACAACAUGACAGCUGUGGAGGAAGUCUUCUCUAAAGGGAAGUAUAUGCAGAAGGCCACAGUGGAGCAGUCCCACACAAAGUGGGUGCGGUAUAACGGCAUCCCCCCUUCUCCUCGUGCUGGUGCAUGUAUUAACAGCCAAAUGCGCCAGCAGAACAUCAGCAGCUCGCUCCACCUGCCAGACAAAACCCUCCAGUUUGUGCGGGACCACCCGCUGCUGGAAGACCCCGUCCUGCCUAUUGGCAACAGACCUCGACUCAUCACCAAGGAUGUCAAUUACACCCAGCUGGUAGUCGAGAGGGUGCGCGCGCUUGAUGGGAACAUCUAUGACGUUAUCUUCAGCGGAACGGAUAAGGGGGUCCUGCACAAGUCUGUGGUGUUUGAGGAAGAUGUUCAUAUAGUGGAGGAGAUCCAGCUCCUGAAGAACUCUGAACCCAUAAAAAACUUACUGCUGUCCUCCAAGACGCGCUCAGUGUAUGCCGGGUCAGACUCUGGCGUGGUCCAGUCUCCGACAGCUUUUUGUGGAAAGUCCUCUUCCUGUGACGACUGUGUCCUGGCUCGAGACCCCUACUGCGCCUGGGACCCCGACACGGCCGCCUGUGUCGGUAUCCUUGACGCUCCAAAGGAGCAGCUCAGGAGGUUGAUCCAGAGUCUGAAUGGUGACGCAGACAAGUGUCCUUCAGUGUCUUCAGCGUCUCCGCAGGACUACCAGAGGGUGCUGGUGAAACCGGGAAGCUCUGCUGAGCUGCCCUGCCUGGUUAAGUCCAACUUUGCACACGUGAUGUGGAAAUCUAACGGCUCUCUCCUCAACGAGGCCUCGCGUUUCCACUUCAUCGCCGAAAACGGGCUCCUCAUUUACAGCGUGGCCCCCGAGGAUCAGGGUUACUACGAGUGCUGGUCUGUGGAAUGGGCUCCCGCCGCUGGGAAGAACUUUAGCCGCCUGCUGGCUGGGUACACGUUGAAUCUGCAGCUUCCUCCCAGACCCCCUCCCCAGACUAAGCACGCGGCCACCACAGCCAGCAGCCAGGAGACGACUAGCGCGCACGCAGCCGAAGGUAAUGUUAAGACAGAGAGACAGCCACUAACUUCAGCCGGCUUCACAUCCACAGUCCUCCUCACCUACCCGCCCCAAACUGACUCAUCACUAACCCCGCCCCCCGGUGGCACAGUCCGGUUACAGCCCAGCAGGAACCUUCCCCCGAACCCCGUCAUCCCCCGUCCAGACAGCCAGGACCCCUCGGCGGAGUACCUGCAGCACAACAACAGCGUGGCCCUCCUCUUCCUCUUUCUGCUCUUCUUCCUGCUCUUCUCGGCUGCCAUGGUGUACAACUGCUACAUGCAGUACCUCCCAGCUCCGUGCCUGAGGCUGCGGGCCGCUCUGCUGGGGAGCAACAAGUGCGCCCAUCAGACCGAGUACAGGGCCUGUGAGGCGGGUUUAAUGGAAGCGCCCGCCGCUGACAAAAUCAACAUGACCGAGCAACCCGCCCAGAACGGCAGCCAAGCGGCCAAAAACCUGCAGGCACUGCGCGACACGGGCUACGAGACUGAGCCGGAGUGCAGCAACGGUCGCGUCCCGUCUCACAACUCUGGAGGCGACAGCUCCUCGCAGGAGAAGCCUUUCGAUGUGGACUGCGACUCCCAGUCCAUCCAGUUUGCAGAUGCAGAUGAACCUUACUGCUAGAAUCUGUGGCGGUUGUCUGUUGUUCAGCAUAGAAAGUAUGCCAGGGCCGUGUGCUUCCUGUCUGCAGUAGGCAUGGGUCGGUUGGAUGGCAUUGAGUAAAAAUACCAGAUUUGAGGCAUUCAGCAUAAAAAAACAAAACAUGAUCCAGUUACUUUUAUUUUAAAAAGAAAUUUGUAGUGCUGCUAUGACAAUACACAUAACAUUACAUCCAUAAUAACUUUUAUUUGGAUUCUAAUCCAAAAAAUUGAGCAAAAAUAUUGAAUAAACUGAAAAAUGUAGUUGUAGGUUGUGCAGAAUAUUUAACCUUUUGGUCGGCCUUAGGGAAGGGUUGAUGUUUUCACAACCAGAAAUGUUUCCAAACAGCUGAAUUUGUCACCUUUUUGUAGGUGAAGAAAAGGUGUAGUGCAACAAGUGGGGGAGGGGCAGCGUUGCAUUACUCGAUGCUCUUCUGGAGAAAACUCUGGCCAUCUUCUCUGUCUCGCUUUGAAAGCGUAACUUUCUAAAACCUUGGCAUGCUUCCAUACGGGUUGCAGGUUACUGGCCCACGCCUAGCAAACAAGCUACAUGUGAUGGAGGUGAAGAGCGUCCAGCAUCUAGCAGACUGUAAAUAUCUCAAGGCUUAGACCAGGCAUUCUGCUCUGUUGGGGUCUGAUUCGGGACGUCUACCCUUUCAGCUGUGUCCAGCAAGAAAAGCUAUUUCUUAUAUUCCAAAUUGGAAACGUUAUUUACCAAAUUGGUAAAUGGCCGUGAUGUUUUCCAAAUUGGAAUCUUUUUUUCUAUUCAGCCCGAGUGAAUGCUUGUCUCUUGGAGCAUUUUGCAUCCAUUCGUUGUUGAACUGAUGCUUCAUGGUCAUGGUAAUUUCUCAGGGAUGGGUUGUUUCUGUGUGACUGGCCUCGGUGGGUCACCUUGCCUUGUCGGCCACAUCACCUGGUUUUGUGAAGCUUCAUCGCAGGGUCGACAUAUCAGAAGAUGGAAAAUCUAUGGAGACAUCCUGCUUGGUGGAGAAAUGCUGGAAUGUAUCGAACCACGGACUCUUGCUGAGUAGCACUGCUGAGAUUUUAAAAAAAAAUUUUUUUUUUCUUUUUCACUUUAUCUGUGAAGUCGACAUUCCUGAUUGUCCUGUGUAUUAACCUUUUAUCGGCCCGUCUCUCUUAUACGGUGUUACUGAAAUAAAAAUGUACAGUAUGAACAGAGGACAUUGGAACCCUG